CCCAGACAGACAGUAUCGUGGCCUGCCAGGCACACCUCGGUCUGUCUGCACGUCUGCUCGUCUGCAUCCCUCUUUAUCGCACACCAAGACACAGUAAGCUGAUCGAUCCCGUGCCGACGGACUUGGUGCGGCUCCAUCAUGGUGGUGGUGCCCUGCCCUGCCCUGCCUCGCAUGCCCUCCAACAUGGGAUGAUUGGGGAUGUCCGGACGUCCGGCCCCUGCCCCCCAGACCCAAGCUCCCAUCACCGACCCACCAGUGUCUUGACGGCGGCCAGACUAGGGAGUCGGCCGAGAUUCCUCGACAUUGGCUACUCCAGCCUCCUGCCGCCUUUGCGGCCCCAGUUACAAGCUACUUGCUCAGUUUCGCACAGCCCAUCGCUUGCCCCAUGAGGACCGCCCUCAGGUGCUUGGUUUCAGCGCCUGGAAGCCCACCACACUACCUCGCCCGCUGUGAUGCUAACUCCAUGCGACGGCCGCCGCCAUCAUCAUGGCUCAUGCUCUGGCUUCCUUACACGGACAUUCCGAGCUUGCUCUGAAUUUCCUAGCCUGGAGGUUGCCGUAACAUGGGUGUGGCAGCUCAGCCUGUUCAAACCACAGCCCAAACCCGACCCGCUGUCUGCACACCAGGCCCAAUCAUGGAUGCCUCCUGCCAGCACCAGAUGCCCAGUUUAGCCCCAGCCCAGGCUCAGGUACCCUCCUGGCUGUCCACAUCAACUUCGGUCACCGACAACCCGUGGCCGCCGGACGGACCUGGUUGUUCGGUGCCAAGGGGGAACGGCUGGCUUCAGAAGGGGGGCAAGGGGUGUGUGUGUAGUUACACACCGGUUCAUGGCCCACGCCCCUCGUGGUUGAGCUCAGGGUAGAUCGGAUAAUCGGUGGCGUGUGGACCCAUCGUAUCGCAUCGCAUCAUGUCACUCGGCCGUGUUGCAGAACCGUAUAUAUGCUCGACGAACGCCCUCCCUUGGCCUCGUCUCGUAGCAGCAACAGAGAAGCAAAGCAUAGCUUCAAUCCAUGUCAACACCUCUCAACCAUGGCUGACAAGCUGGCAUUUCUCCUCUUUGGAGACCAGUCGACCGAUACCCAUGGCUUCCUGGCCGAGUUCUUCCGCCAGCCUGAACGAGGCAUUCUGGCCAAUGCGUUCCUCGAGCAAGUCCGGCACGCUCUGAGGAGGGAGAUCGAGGGCCUGCCUAGGGUAGAACGAUCGAGGCUGCCCAAGUUCCUCACCAUACAGAACCUCAACGAGAGAUACCACGCUCAAGGCUUAAAGCAUCCUGGAGUCGACGGGGCACUGCUGUGCAUCUCCCAGUUGGCUCAUUAUAUCGAUCAUGCUGAAAAGCAACACGAGGAUGUUGUCAACCAUGAAAACACCUUCUUCCUUGGCCUCUGCUCAGGCAUGUUUGCUGCAGCAGCCAUCAACUCCACUCCCACCCUCUCCACUCUGGUCCCUGUGGCUGUCCAGGUUGUCUUGAUGGCAUUCCGCACAGGGAGGCAUGUCGCCGCGAUGGCCGAGCGACUAUGCCCGCCAACCCAGCAAUCCGAGAGCUGGACCUACAUCUUCCCAGGGAUCGCCAGAGACGUCGCCGAGUCAAAGCUCGAUGAGUUUCAUCAGUCCAACCACAUCCCACUCCCUAGCCACGCCUACAUUAGCGCGGUCUCGGUUAGCAACAUCGCAAUCUCUGGCCCGCCAAGCACGUUGAAGGCGCUCGUCGAAUCACAUUGCCUGCCGGCCAAGGCGACAUCGAUACCAGUCUACGGCCCGUACCACGCCGCUCACAUCCACUCCGCAGUUGACAUAGCAAGUAUCCUGCGGCUAGAGGACGCCACCGUCAAGGAUGUCUUCCACCAGACCAAGCCGAGAUCACCCAUCUUCUCCUGCAGCACUGGCAAUCGGUUUGCCGAAUCGGACACGUUUUCGCUUCUUCAGGCAGUCGUUCGCGAGAUUCUUAAUGAUACCCUGGUCUUCAACAAGAUCCUCGAUGGAUGCCUCGAGGCAGCGAAGAGUUUUGGUGGGAAAACCAUCCUUGUCAUUCCCUUUGGGCCGACACACAACGCGGGCACAUUGGCAAGCCUGCUAAAGACCUCAACUAAGCACGAAGUCAUUCUGCGAAACCCUCCACAGAUCUCGAGAGAGAGCAUCAGCUCGUCGAUCGGAAACCAUGGGUCCUCUGGCAAAUGCAAGCUGGCUAUUGUCGGAAUGGCUGGCCGGUUUCCUGAUGCCGCAAGCCACGAGAAGCUGUGGGAGCUCCUCGAGAAGGGUCUGGACGUUCACCGAGUGGUCCCUGCGGAUCGCUUCCCCGUCGAGACGCAUGUGGACCCAACUGGGAAGGCUAUCAACACCAGUCACACACCGUAUGGAUGUUGGAUCGAGAAGCCUGGUCAUUUCGACCCGCGCUUCUUCAACAUGUCCCCUCGAGAGGCGUUCCAGACAGACCCUAUGCAAAGGAUGGCGCUGACCACCGCCUAUGAGGCUCUGGAAAUGUCGGGGUAUGUGCCCAACAGGACGCCAUCGACAAGGCUAGACCGAAUUGGUACCUUUUACGGCCAGACCUCAGACGACUGGCGGGAGAUCAACGCCGCCCAAGAAGUAGACACCUACUUCAUCACAGGUGGUGUCCGAGCCUUUGGUCCUGGUCGGAUCAACUACCAUUUCGGCUUCAGCGGACCCAGCCUGAACAUCGAUACUGCAUGCUCCUCGAGCGCUGCCGCCAUGAACGUGGCUUGCUCUUCGCUUUGGGCUCGCGACUGCGACACGGCCAUUGUGGGAGGUCUCUCUUGCAUGACCAACUCGGAUAUCUUCUCCGGGCUGAGUCGAGGACAGUUCCUCUCCAAGAAGGGUCCUUGCCAGACUUUCGAUAAUGACGCAGACGGGUAUUGCAGAGGUGACGGCUGUGCCUCGGUAGUAGUCAAGCGCUUAGAGGACGCCGAAGCCGACCAGGACCGCAUCCUUGCUGUCAUUCUUGGCACUGCGACCAAUCACUCUGCUGAUGCCAUAUCCAUAACCCAUCCCCACGGGCCCACACAGUCAAUCCUGUCGUCUGCCAUUCUUGAUGAGGCAGGAGUUGACCCGCUCGACGUGGACUACGUCGAGAUGCACGGCACUGGUACCCAGGCUGGCGACGGCACGGAAAUGCUCUCUGUCACGAAUGUGUUUGCUCCGCCAGAGCGCAAGCGACCCGCGGAUCGACCGCUCUAUCUCGGCGCUGUCAAGGCGAACGUGGGGCACGGUGAGGCUGCAUCUGGCGUCACGGCGCUCUGCAAAGUCCUCAUGAUGAUGCAGAAGAACGCCAUCCCACCACAUGUUGGUAUCAAGGGCGAGAUCAACAGGGGCUUCCCCAAGGAUCUCUCCGAUCGCAAUGUCAACAUUGCGUUCCACACCACUCCGUUCAAGCGACGCGACGGCAAGCCCAGGCGGAUCUUCAUCAACAACUUCAGCGCAGCUGGCGGAAACACGGGUCUACUCCUAGAAGACGCCCCUAAGCUGAACCCUACAACAGAGGACCCUCGCAGCCACCACGUCGUCACUAUCACCGCGAAGUCGAAGGCCGCAAUGAUUCGCAACGCGGAAAGGCUUGUCGCUUGGAUGCAGGAGCACCCAGAUACUCCUCUUUCUGACGUGGCCUACAGCACCACGGCUCGCAAGAUUCAACAUUAUUGGCGCAUGAACGUGGCCGUGUCUGAUCUUGCCGAGGCAAAGCACGCCAUACAAGACCGUCUCAAGGAGCAGUUCUCGCCCGUCAACACACAACAACCCAAGGUGGCCUUCUUGUUCACUGGUCAGGGUUCCCACUACGCUGGGCUCGGCAAGGAGUUCUAUGCGAACCAUUCUGUCUUCCGUCAGAGCAUUGACGAGUUUGACCAGCUCGCACGCAUCCACGGGUUCCCUUCCUUCAUGCCGCUGAUUGAUGGCAGCGAGCAGGACAUGACCAAGCUGUCCCCCGUAAUCGUUCAACUUGGCCUUUGCUCCUUCGAGAUGGCCCUGGCCAGACUCUGGGCAUCCUGGGGUGUUGAGCCAAGCGUCGUGCUUGGACACAGCCUAGGCGAGUACGCUGCUCUCAACAUCGCUGGUGUCCUGUCUGCUAGCGACACUAUCUACCUAGUCGGUGCUCGUGCUCGUCUUCUCAUGGACAAGUGCACCGCCUUCACGCAUGCUAUGCUUGCCGUGCAAGGCGCUGUUGAUACAGUCAAGGAGGCGCUCGGUGAGAAGGUCGACAGUGUCACAGUGGCAUGCAUCAAUGGUCCGCGUGAGACUGUUCUUGGAGGUGAAGCGGCGCAGAUGACAGACAUCUCUUACCAACUCACGGCGGCCGGCUUCAAGUGCACCCAGCUGAAUGUGCCUUUCGCAUUCCACUCCGCCCAAGUUGAUCCAAUUCUCGAAGACUUUGAGGCGUUGGCUCAGUCCGUCAAAUUCCAGACUCCUAGAGUCCCUGUUAUUUCCCCUCUCCUGGGCAAACUAGUCGAGUCUGAGCAAGUCAACCCCGCCUAUCUUAAGAAUCACGCUCGCGAGGCGGUCAACUUCUUGGGUGGCCUGGUUCAUGCCCAACAGUCCGGGGCCAUUGAUGAGCACACAGUCUGGCUGGAGGUUGGUCCCCACCCUGUCUGCGCAAACAUGGUCAAGGCUGCUUUCGGUGUUGCAACUAUCGCGGUGCCCACAGUGCGCCGCAACGAGAUCGCCUACAAGACGCUGAGCACUUCUCUUUGCACAUUGCAUUCGGCUGGGCUGAACAUGGACUGGAGCGAGUUCCACCGUGACUUCCCCUCAUCAGUUCGCAUUCUGGAUCUACCCAGCUACUCUUUCGACGAGAAGAACUACUGGUUGCAGUACACUGGAGAUUGGUCUCUCACCAAGAAUCGUGGCGCUCUGCCCAACGCUCCAGCUGCGGUGCAGCCAGCGAAACCAAAGCUGUCAACAAGCUCAGUCCACUCAGUCAUCAGUGAGGAGGUCAAGGGCGAUAUCGUGACAAUCGAGACUGAGUCCAACCUGUCUCGAGAGGAUCUACGCCUCGUCGUCACCGGCCACUUGGUCAACGGGGCUAAUCUAUGCCCAUCAUCUCUCUACGGUGAUAUGGCCAUGACGAUCUGUGAAUAUGCCUACAAGCUGGUCCGCCCUGAUGCUGACAAGAUCGGCUGCAACGUCGCCAACGUUGAAGUCCCAAAGAGCCUCAUCUUUGACGAGAACCUAGAGAAGCACAUCCUCCGUGUCAAGGCUACUUGUAAUGUAGCCGCCGGGUAUGCGGACCUCGCCUUCUCUACUGGUGAGGGUGCGAAGAAGACCGAGCACUCCACCUGUAAAGUCUUCUACGGACGUCCUGAGGAUUGGGCCGGCGAGUUCGAGCGCGCUGAUUACCUCAUCAAGGGCCGCAUCGAGUCGCUCAAGGCAGCUGAGAAGAUUGGCCAGGCUUCUAAAAUCGGGCGUGGCCUCGCCUACAAGCUUUUCACGGCUCUUGUCGACUAUGAUCGCCGCUACAGAGGCAUGGAGGAGGUGAUUCUCGACAGCGACAAGUGCGAAGCCACGGCUAAGGUCGUCUUCCAGACGUCUGAGAAGGAUGGCUCCUACAACUUCAGCCCUUUCUUCAUCGACAGUUUGUGUCACAUCUCCGGUUUCAUCAUCAACGGCACUGAUGCAGUCGACUCUCGGGAGCAGGUCUUCAUUUCACACGGCUGGGGCUCAAUGAGGUUCAUUGAAACCCCAGUGGUUGGCAAGGAGUAUCGUACCUACAUCCGGAUGCAGCCUGUGAAGGGGACCAAGAUGAUGGCGGGUGAUGUCUACGUCUUCGAUGGUGAGAAGCUUAUUGGAAUUACUGGCGACAUCCGCUUCCAGGCUAUUCCACGCAAGGUUCUCAACAUCGUCUUGCCGCCCCGCGGACCGGCCGCAGUCGCCCGCCCUGCCCCUGCCGCUAAAUCAGUCGCCAAAACUGCCGCCAAGUCUGCUCCAGCCAAGGAGAAGAAGAUGCUAACUCCAACCAACCUGUCCCAAGUCAACAAGAAGCUGGCGUCGGUUGUUUCUCAGGUCAUGGACAUAUUGGCGAAGGAGGUUGGUGUAAGCCAUGACGAGCUCGCUGACAACAUUGCCUUUGCCGAUCUGGGUGUCGACUCUUUGAUGGGUUUGACAGUGUCUGGUCGUAUCCGUGAGGAGCUGGACCUGGACAUUGACUCUCACGUAUUCGUGGAGCACUCAUCGAUUGGUAGUUUCAAGUCUUACCUUCAGCAGUUCGAGAGGCCCGGUUCCACCGAGGCCCUUUCCUCUGGGGCCUCUGCCGACUCCGGCUCUGAGACCGAGACGCCGGAGCUGGAUUCGGAGUCCGACGUCACCACACCUGACGAUGAGUCAGAGAGCAAUGAUAUCAAAGGCGAGGUUACCACCAGGGACAGCAGUGGGGACGCUAGCCUAAAAUCAGCCAUUCGGGAGACAAUUGCUUCAGAAAUGUGUGUGGAAGUCGAGGAGAUCAUUGCAGCGCCGGACCUGGCUAAUCUGGGAAUGGACUCACUGAUGAGCCUAUCCAUCCUCGGAACUCUCAGGGAGAGAACUGGCCUUGACAUCCCCUCGGACCUUUUCGUCGCCAACCCGUCCCUCAAGGACGUCGAGCGCGCACUGGGAAUCACCGAGGCACCAAAGAGACCAGCAGCUCCAAAGCCUACGGCGAAGCAGGUCAAGUUCGAGGCCCCGCCACCGUCCACAUCCCAGAAGCCUUUGCCGCCUUCGAUGGUGACUGCCACCAUUCCGAAGCCACCUCGCCCUUCGCGCAUUGUUGAUGAUUUCCCGAAUCGCAAGGCGUCCUCUGUGCUUUUGCAGGGAAGCCACCGGACAGCCACGAAGCACCUCUUCAUGGUACCGGAUGGGAGCGGAAGUGCAACAUCAUACACUGAAAUCUCCAAUGUCUCGCCCAGUUGGGCUGUUUGGGGUCUUUUCUCACCAUUCAUGAAGACACCCGAAGAGUACCACUGUGGAGUGUACGGAAUGGCAACCAAGUUCAUUGAGGAGAUGAAGCGACGCCAGCCGAAGGGUCCCUACAACCUCGCUGGAUGGUCAGCAGGAGGUGUCAUUGCGUAUGAAAUCGUUGUGCAACUGACACAGGCUGGUGAGAAGGUAGACAACCUCAUCAUCAUCGAUGCACCGUGCCCCAUCACCAUUGAGCCUCUUCCGGCGGGUCUGCAUGCCUGGUUUGCCAGCAUCGGGCUGCUUGGUGAUGGUGAUGAGAAGAAAAUUCCUGGGUGGCUACUUCCGCACUUUGCGGCCUCGGUCACUGCCUUGAGCAAUUACACCGCAGAGCCAAUCCCCAAGGACAAGUGCCCUAAUGUCAUGGCAAUCUGGUGCGAGGAUGGCGUCUGCCACUUGCCGACAGACCCAAGACCCGACCCAUACCCAACUGGCCAUGCCUUGUUUCUCUUGGACAACAGGUCAGACUUCGGGCCCAACCGAUGGGAUGAAUACUUGGACGUGGACAAGAUGACUAUGAGGCACAUGCCUGGUAAUCACUUCUCAAUGAUGCAUGGCGACCUGGCAAGACAGCUUGGUUCCUUCAUUAAGGAGGCUCUCUUAUAAGGCAAAUAAGCCGCCAUUUCACAGUAUGAAUAUGUAGACUGAGAGGAAGAGAGGAGGCGCCUUGUAACACUGCAGGAAAAGCAGACAGCGGCGCCCAGUCUGUCGCCUUCCUUUUGCAUUUUUUCAUGGGGUUUUCAUUUACACAGCGAUACAGGUGGUGGGAAAUUGGUAUUAUUACGUUUCUUUAUAGAUGUCUUUCCUUGUUUAGUCUCGUUGGUGGGGAUUAUUGUACUGUCAUGGGCUGUGAUGCUAAUGGAGGAGGUUAUAUAUACCACGGUGGUGGCAUCAUGUCGGUCUAGGUUCCUAUAUGCCAGAAUGAAUAGUAUUUGCUUAGAUUCUUACCAAAUCAAUUUGAUUAUUAGCAACCUCGA